ACAAUAACCAUAAAUGAAUAGCCGAAUACGAAUUGUUCUCCUUGAAACAAAAUGGCGGAGCUUAGUGCAUAUCGGGAUCAACAUUUUAGGGGCACUCGCGGAGAGCUGGAAAAUCUGCUAGAAACCAGUUCGACAUUGUAUGUCGGGAAUCUGUCUUUUUACACUACGGAAGAACAGAUUUAUGAGUUAUUCGCUCGCGCAGGAGACUUAAAAAGGAUUAUAAUGGGAUUGGACAAAGUGAAAAAGACCCCUUGCGGAUUUUGCUUCAUAGAAUAUUACACACGGGAGGAUGCACAAAAUGCCAUGUGGUACAUCAAUGGAACAAGACUAGAUGAUCGUAUUAUACGAACAGACUGGGAUGCAGGUUUCAUAGAAGGACGUCAAUAUGGUCGUGGGAAAAGUGGGGGUCAGGUGCGAGAUGAGUAUAGAACUGAUUUUGACCCUGGCAGAGGGGGUUUUGGUAAACAAGGGCAGCAGAGCUCAGGAGUUAUAAGCGGUCCUCCGGUUGCUUACUCAAAGCGGUGACACAUGCUUUGUAUGCAGAGUUCUUUGACAUUGAAACGAAAAUGUGUUCUUUCUUUAGCUUCUCAGCUCGUGAAAAAUACUAGUGAUUCUAAAGGACAACAAUAAUAGGCUACAAGUGCAAAUGUACAUGUAGUACUAUUUGAUGUGGCUCUCCCAAGGAUUCUAUGCGCAAGUGUCAUAUAACUAAAGAAAUAUCAAAAAGCAAAAGGAAUUAGUUUGGUUCAGGCCUUACGAAAAACACCAUGUUUCCUCAGAUCUCUCCUUAAGUAGAAGGCCAACAAUUUUUGAGUUAAGUACAGUUACUGUGUGAUUUUCUUAAGCACCCAAGCUGUUGCAGUAAUAGCGAAGAGCACUGCUCAGUAUCAUUUUAAGUUUAAAUGAAGUGCUGUUAAGGAACAUCAAUUUCUCCACAUGUGCUAUAUGGAUACAAGACUGAUUUGGAAGAGGAUCAAGCAAUCUAUCACAUGAACUCCUUCCUUUAAUGAGGAAAUUAGCAGUGUACAGGUGUGGUCACCAUACAAAGUGUUGGAAUUUUUUUCCUACUAAGCAGUAACCAGUGCAUAAAAAUAUUUUUAACUGAAGUUGCUUUUUAAGUUGUAAUAAUUUUUUUACCUAGCAUGUUAAGUUAAUGCCAUACCAAUUGAUUAAGUUAAUUAUCAAUGAUGUUUCUUCAAUCUUACAAAAAACAGUCCAUAAAAGUAUGUACAUGUACCAGUGUGUUUUCAAUUAUAAUUUAUUUUUACAUCACAA